CGCGGCCGAGCCCGGAGCCCGGAGCCGGAGCCAGAGCCUGGACCAGAACUUGGCCGCCGCCUGCACCGCCGCCGCCGCCCGCCUCUCCUUCCCCGCGCCGCCGCCGCCGCCUCGGCCGCCACCGCCGCGAGCUCAACCGCCAGUGGUCCGGGGGACUUUGGGUGUCCGGGCUGAAGGUCGGUCCGGACGUCGGACCCAGCUCGGUUCCCGGACUGUCCGGGCGGCAGCGGACGCCGCAGCCGCCGCCUCUUCGUCGCCUCAGCCUGGCGUUUUGUUCCGACAGACCCGAGAGGCGAGCGGAGCUGACAGUGAUUUUGACAGUGAUUUAAACCCGCUUUUGUUGUUGUUGGCUUUUCGUUGUUUGGUUUUGUGUGUUGUGCUUGUGUGUGGCGGUUUUUCCCCCGUGGUGCAUUUUUUUUUUUUUAAUUGUUGUGCUCGCUGUUUUUAUUUUUCAUUUUUUUUCCUCUUUUUUUCACCCCGUGAACGCUUUUUUGGUCGGGGCUUCCGAAUAUGUUUUAUGACGGUUGAUUUUACACCAGGAGGUUUGUUUCCGAGGAAGACCCAGGGAACUGGAUAUCUAGCGAGAACUUCCUACGGCUUCCCCGGCGCCUCGGGAAAAUGGGAGCUGCUGCAAAGUUGGCGUUUGCCGUCUUUCUUAUCUCUUGUUCUUCAGGUGCUAUACUUGGUAGAUCAGAAACUCAGGAGUGUAUUUUCUAUAAUGCUAAUUGGGAAAGAGAUAGAACCAAUCGAACUGGUGUUGAAUCCUGUUAUGGUGACAAAGAUAAACGGCGGCAUUGUUUUGCUACCUGGAAGAAUAUUUCUGGUUCCAUUGAAAUAGUGAAGCAAGGUUGUUGGCUGGAUGAUAUCAACUGCUAUGACAGGACUGAUUGUAUAGAAAAAAAAGAUAGCCCUGAAGUAUAUUUUUGUUGCUGUGAGGGCAAUAUGUGUAAUGAAAGGUUUUCUUAUUUUCCGGAGAUGGAAGUCACACAGCCUACUUCGAAUCCAGUUACACCAAAGCCACCCUAUUACAACAUCUUGCUCUAUUCUUUGGUGCCACUUAUGCUAAUUGCGGGGAUUGUCAUUUGUGCAUUUUGGGUGUACAGGCAUCAUAAGAUGGCUUACCCUCCUGUGCUUGUUCCAACUCAAGACCCAGGACCACCCCCACCUUCUCCAUUACUAGGUUUGAAGCCACUGCAGUUACUAGAAGUGAAAGCAAGGGGAAGAUUUGGUUGUGUGUGGAAAGCCCAGUUACUCAAUGAAUAUGUGGCUGUGAAAAUAUUUCCAAUACAGGACAAACAGUCAUGGCAGAAUGAAUAUGAAGUCUAUAGUUUGCCUGGAAUGAAGCAUGAGAACAUAUUACAGUUCAUUGGUGCAGAAAAACGAGGCACCAGUGUUGAUGUGGAUCUUUGGCUAAUCACAGCAUUUCAUGAAAAGGGUUCACUAUCAGACUUUCUUAAGGCUAAUGUGGUCUCUUGGAAUGAAUUGUGUCAUAUUGCAGAAACCAUGGCUAGAGGAUUGGCAUAUUUACAUGAGGAUAUACCUGGCCUAAAAGAUGGCCACAAACCCGCCAUAUCUCACAGGGACAUCAAAAGUAAAAAUGUGCUGUUGAAAAACAAUCUGACAGCUUGCAUUGCUGACUUUGGGUUGGCGUUAAAGUUUGAGGCUGGCAAGUCUGCAGGUGAUACCCAUGGACAGGUUGGUACCCGAAGGUAUAUGGCUCCAGAGGUAUUAGAGGGUGCUAUAAACUUCCAAAGGGAUGCAUUUUUGAGGAUAGAUAUGUACGCCAUGGGAUUAGUCCUGUGGGAACUGGCUUCUCGCUGUACUGCUGCAGAUGGACCUGUAGAUGAGUACAUGUUGCCAUUUGAGGAGGAAAUUGGCCAGCAUCCCUCUCUUGAAGACAUGCAGGAAGUUGUUGUGCAUAAAAAAAAGAGGCCUGUUCUAAGAGAUUAUUGGCAGAAACAUGCUGGAAUGGCAAUGCUCUGUGAAACGAUAGAAGAAUGUUGGGAUCACGAUGCAGAAGCCAGGUUAUCAGCUGGAUGUGUAGGUGAAAGAAUUACUCAGAUGCAAAGACUAACAAAUAUCAUUACCACAGAGGACAUUGUAACAGUGGUCACGAUGGUGACAAAUGUUGACUUUCCUCCCAAAGAAUCUAGUCUAUGAUGGUUGCACCAUGUGUACACACUGAGAAACGGGACUCUGAACUGGAGCUGCUAACGAAACUGCUUACAGUUUAUUUUCUGUGUGAAAUGAGUAGGAUGUCUCCUGGACAUCUCAGAAAGAAGACCCUCGUUUCAAAAGGUGGCUCUGGGAGACUUAAUGGCAUUGCCUGUAGCAGAGACAUGAAGGACAUGAGACUAAGAGAAAAGUUGCAAACUCUAAAAAAAAGAAACUUUUGAAGAAGUGUACAUGAAGAAUGUGGCCCUCUCCAAAUUCAAGGAUCUUUUUGGACCAGGCUAAUCAAGUGUUUGUUUGAAAACUGACAUCAGAUUUCUUAAUGUCUGUCCGAAGACACUAAUUCCUUAAAUGAACUACUGCUAUUUUUUUUUUAAAAUCAAAAACUUUUCAUUUCAGAUUUUAAAAAGGGUAACUUGUUUUUAUUGCAUUUGCUGUUGUGUUUCUAUAAAUGACUAUUGUAAUGCCAAUAUGACACAGCUUGUGAAUGUUUAGUGUGCUGCUGUUCUGUGUACAUAAACAAAGUCAUCUAAGUGGGGUACAGUAAAGAGGCUUCCAAGCAUUACUUUAACCUCCCUCAACAAGGUAUACCUCAGUUCCACGGUUGCUAAAUUAUAAAAUUGAAAACACUAACAAAAUUUGAAUAAUAAAUUGACCCGUUUUGUAACAAGGUAUUACAAAUUCACUGUGUUAUUUAAGAAAAAAGGUAAGCUAUGCUUAGUGCCAACAGAAAGUGGCCAUUCGUAAAGCAGUGUUUUAGCUUUUCUUGUGCUAGCUUGUGAUUUAAGAAAAAAAAAAGUGCUGUUUUUUGAAAUGAAAAAAUGGUGUCUUUCCCCUCUUUCUCCCAUGUUUUAAAGCUUCAUCAUCUUAUAUCCAGUUCCCAAAAUAUUGCAUACUUACCUACAUAUUUUUCUAGGUGUGCUGUGCUUGGGGACUAUUUGAAAAUUUAAAGCAUGAUUUAAAUUUUUUAAAGUGAGCUGUAACACUGGAAAGCUCUUCAUUAUUUUUAAUUCUUUUAAAAUAGAUUUUUUUUUUUUCCUAUUUAUAUAUGUAAAAUUGUAGUGUAUUUCUUUUCACCAAACAGUGUGUGGGACAUUCUUUAUCACUGUUUUAGGAUCACCUCAGGAAGUGUCAUUACCCAGAAUUCCUCACUCUCUGCUUUGAGACUUGUAACUUUAUCACUAUAUUUCUGCUUGGUGCCAUCUUGUCAGAGUAAUAUUUGAUGUCUGUGAUAUGUCAAGAAUUAUCCUAGGAUAGAGAUUUAAGUUUUUAAGCACAGAUUUCAGAUGUUACUGCUUUAAAACAAAUCAGGGAUAACAAGUUAAACUUCUUAUAACUUAAAAUAUGCAAUGACAUUUAGAGGUAACCAAUGUUGAUAUAUAGGUAACAUAGCUUAGCCUCCUCCCACGAAUUGCUUUUACAACUAACCCUGAUUAUUAGUUUAGGAUAGUUCAUGCCUUAUCUUUGAUAAGAAAAUGGAAUUGACGGUAGGUAGGUGCCAAAGUGCUUUUCAAAACAAUAUUACAUUAGAAUAUAAUUGGAUUCUUUCUCAAAUUUAUAGGCCAAAGUAAAACAUUAAUUUCCUGAAUUUCUGGAUUACUGAUGACCAACAAAUAGCCAGUAUUAUGCUAUGUACUUCUUUUGUCAGGUCAUUUUAAAACCCAUACAUUAAUUUUAUAAAAGAAUUUUUUACGUGUCCCUAUCAGGAGCUCACUGUGAAUGUGUUGUCUUCAAAUGGCUAUUUAACCACACAGUACACUACAUUUUACAUAAAACAUGCACUUAAUCUCUGGGAAUAAUAAAUUAUAUUAUUUAUAAAUAAUACAUAGGUCAGCAGACUCCUUAAGCAGGGAGGGAAAGAAGAGUAACAGCAUUGUUGUCUGUGUGCCACACACCAUACAGAACUUUGUGCUCUUGGUCACAUAAUGUACCCAAGGCUUUGUGGUAUUUCUAAGAAUUCCCAUUUCAAUGCUGAGUUCACCUUUAUUUCAAAAAGUACUUGGUUUGGUUUUGCUUCCACUUGGAAACUGAUUAAGAAGGGAAGAUGGUGAGAAUGUUCAUACAGGAAAGCUGUUGGUCUCCUAAAGGCUAAUUUCUACCUGUUGUGAACAGUCCUGUUUUUAACAGUUAAAAAAAAAAAAAUCAAACCAAAAGAAAACAAAAGGGAAUAUUAUGAUGAAUGUUUGGCUUAUGUGAAUCUUAGAGAUAAAUUUUAUAAGACCACUUAUUCACAAAAUAAAGUUUUCUCUUCAUGUUAGAAAAAAUUUUUAGAAAUCCUGGCUAUUGUACUUAACUCUAGCUAACCAAUUUUAAAACCUGUAUCCUUCUUUUGAGAA